GCUGUGGAAAUCAUUAGGUGCGACAAAGGUGAGAGGGACUAACGGACGGAACAGCACUCAUUUUGCCGUCGGGGAGCGGCGCUUGAAACGUCCGAAGGCUCGGCUGCGUGAGACGGCACGUCCUUGCGCAUUUGUACCGCUGCUUCAUCCCCUUCCCCAACACAAACAGCAUGGGGCUGCUGGACCACUGGCUGUGGAGACAGGAGUACUGGCUGCCCCCUGGCAUCGCCUGGGAGGACAUGGAAGGGCAGGAGGGCGCCCAGUACCCUCGGCCCCGGGACCUUUUUGUCACCCUGCCCCUGGCUCUCGGGUUCAUCGCCCUGCGCUACGUCUUUGAGAGGGUGGUGGCACUGCCCCUGGGCAGGCAGCUAGGGGUGCGGGACCAAACCCGGGUGAGACCAAGGCCCGUCCCACAGCUGCAGGCAUUUUACACCCACCACAGCCAUCACCCGUCCCAGAGUGAGAUUCUCAGCUUGUGCAAACAGUGUGACCUCACCCAGAGGCAGGUCGAAACCUGGUUCCGUCAUCGUAGAAACCAGGACAGGCCGAGCAACACCAGGAAGUUCUGUGAAGCCUGUUGGAGGUUUGCCUUCUACCUCGUGGCGUUCACGGCUGGUCUGGCUUGUCUUACUGAUGCACCAUGGUUCUGGGAUCAGAGAGAGUGCUGGAGAGGAUAUCCACAGCAGCCUGUCUCCCGGUCUCAUUACUGGUAUUACCUGACAGAACUGGGGUUCUACUGGUCCCUACUGCUCUGUGUCUCUGUGGAUGUCAAGCGGAAGGAUUUUAAGGAGCAAGUCAUUCACCACAUUGCUACCAUCUCUCUGCUUGGUUUCUCAUACUGCGCCAACUACAUACGCAUAGGCACCCUGGUGAUGCUGGUGCAUGACUCUUCAGAUUUCCUAUUGGAGUCUGCCAAGAUGUUCAACUACGCCGGCUGGAGGAAGACCUGCGAUGCGUUGUUUGUCGUUUUCGCUGUGGUCUUCCUGGUGACUCGUCUCGUGGUGUUUCCCUGCAAAGUAAUCAACACAACCCUGUUCUUGUCCAUGGAUGUCUUUGAACCGUUCUUCGGAUAUUAUUUCUUCAAUGCCUUGCUUCUGGUGCUCCAAGCACUGCACAUCUUCUGGGCCUGGCUAAUUCUACGCAUGGUCUAUAAAUUUUUGUUCCUGGGCAAGGUGGAGCGAGAUGAACGCAGUGAUGAAGAAAGUGAGGUUGGGGAAGGGGAGGAGGAGGAAGAAGAGAAGCAUGAGGAAGAGGUGUGUCAUUGGGAAAAGAGCAAUGGCACCUUCAACCCCAAACUGGCCAUACUCACCAACAACUGCGUCCUCAAGAACCUGACCAAUCAGAGCAGCGGUACAACCAGCAGAAUGCCCAAGGCCAGAUAGCAUUAUGACUUUCACUGGGAGGGUAGACUUCAAACAAGCGAGGUUUUAACAGUUUUCAUUAAAAAAGUGAAUACAACAACGGAAUGACCCACAUGCACAAAUACUGUGAAGUAGUUGCAUCUCUGAUGUAUUGCGCCAGUAGCAAGUCAUCCCACAAACUAUAAUGGAAGCCUAUACUUGGCACCGAAACUCUUUGAGGGCUGAACUUUUUCAUUUAAUUUGGCAUAGCUGUUGUUGCUUCUGUAUUACCCUUAACCUAAGGGUAUUGCAUUUGGCUCCAUAUAUCUGCGUGUCUGUCUGUCACACCAAAGGGCUGCACUAACAACAUGGGUGAUGAUCUUCAAACUGCAGUCAAAUUUUAAUAUUAAGAGGACUUGUAAUCUUUUUUGCCUUAUAUACACACAUACACAAGGUGGUCCACUCAAUUUCAGAGCUCACCGUGGAAUUGUGGUAACUUGAAACUUCAAGUGAAUGACUUGGCUGAAAGCCAAUGAAAUCUUGACCAAUCUUUAAUUGUUGUGGAUGAGAACAUGUUGCCUAUGUUGUGACAUGAUUUUAAUGACACAUCAUGGUAAUUAUUUAAUGUGAAUAUGUGAAAACUUUGCCCUAGAUUUUAGACGCUGUGAGUUUACAUUGUAUUAGCAAAGUGUGUAAUGUAAUGAUCUACUGUAUAUGUAACGAAAAGCUCAAGGUGUAGGGUGUUUGCCAAAGAGCAAAGUGUCCCUGAUGGAAUUAAUACUGAGUGACUGAUAGCCAAGUAUAAUUUAAUGUAAAUCAAAGAAGUAAAACCGGGUAGCUACAUUCAGGUGCUCUAACCUGGUAUAACAGUAACAAGCAUCUUUCAUACCUUAAUAAAACUCAUUAGUGAGUAUGCAUCAGAAGCAGCUGUGUGGAAAGGAGUCGGGCUGGUAACCUGAAGCUUUCCUGUUCAAUUCACCACUGGGGAACUGGUGUUGUACCCUUCGGUAAGGUGCUUAAACCAUAGGUGCAGUCCAGCUGUAUAAAUGACAUGAUUUGUAACCAGUCAUUCAGGAUAACGAUGUCUGUCAAGCAACUGAAUGUAAAAUAUAAUUUGGAAGCCGAGCUGUACUGUGUGUCCGCAAUGUGAUGACUUAACAGCACAAACGCAGCACAGCACUUGGACCAUGCCCACGAAAUUCAGCAUAAGUCAGAGUUUUAACCUCAUUAUAAAGAGUGCUAAUUUGAAGCAUAUUAAACAUUUACGGUUAUGAAUAAUAGAUGUCUUUGGUUUUUCAUAAUGCUGGGUGGAGUUAAUGAGCCUCAGCUGCAGUUUGGAACAACUCCCUCAUUAAACCUCUGUAGCUAAUGAUAUGGUUUGCAGAAAACGAAGCUUAAAUAACUACUUGCCUGUGCGUCUCUAUUUGAGAGAAAAAAAACACUCUGCUUUUAAUGACUACAGCAUAGAACCAUUUACAAGAUUUUACCCCUAAGCUGUGUUCUUUGACAGACUUUUUUUUAGAACUUCAAUUGAAUGGCAAAAGCAGAACAUGACAAUCACAUCUCUACAAUGCAUCAGACUGUCAUUUUUUCAACAUAUCAUCUGUCUGAUCCAAAAAUAAACUUGAAUUAUGGUGGACUAGAUUUAAUAAUGUAUUUUCCACAGGC